AUGGCGUUGGCCCAACGCAAGGCUCCCCGCGUCUUCCCCUCGGCUCGGUUGGUGCCCGAGGCCGCGGCCCCCCGCAGGAGGUUGUUGGCCGGGGCCGGGGAACGGUCCCUUCCUCCCUCCCUCCCUCCCACCCGACUGCGAUGGCCGGAGGCCGAGGCCGAGGCCGCCGCCCUGAAGAUGCUAAGGGGCCCCGCCCCUUUCCGAACGCUCCAGGAAGGCCCCGCCCCCUCCCGAACGCUUCCGAAGAAGGAGGCCCCGCCCCCUUCCGAACGCUCCUUGGUGGCCCCGCCCCUUUCCGACCGCUUCCGAAGAAGGAGGCCCCGCCCCUUUCCGAACGCUUCCGAAGGGGGAGGCCACGCCCCCUUCCGAACAGGGACGCUCCGCCCCUUUCCGAACGUUCACGAAGAGAGCCCCCGCACCUUUCCGAAUGCUCCCGAAGAGGGAAGCCCCGCCCCUUUCCGAACGCUCCAGGAAGGCCCCGCCCCUUUCCGAACGCUCCCGAAGAGGGAAGCCCCGCCCCUUUCCGAACUCUCCAGGGAGGUGCCGCCCUUUUCCGAACGCUCCCGUAGAGGGACGCUCCGCCCCUUUCCGAACGUUCACGAAGAGAGCCCCCCCCCCUUUUCCGAAUGUUCCCGAAGAGGGAGGCCCCGCCGCUUUCCGACCGCUCCCGAACGCUCCAGGGCCACGCCCCCUCACCGAAUUCCUCCCCGGGCCGCCGCCCCCAACGGCCGCCCUGCGGAAGGAAAAGGGGCGACGCCGGGCGGGUCCGCUUCCUCCCCUGUCCCCCGAAAUCCGAUAGGUCACGUGACGGCCCCCCGACAAAAGCCACGGAAGGGGCCCUGCUGGCGGGGCCGGCGUUUGCGCCCCCUGCCGGCGGCGCCCUCCCAUUGCGCCCCCUUCCCGGAGGCGCUCUCCCAUUGCGCCCCCUCCCGGCGGCGCCCGCCCAUUGCGCCCCCUUCCCGGAGGCGCUCUCCCAUUGCGCCCCCUGCCGGCGGCGCCCUCCCAUUGCGCCCCCUGCCGGCGGCGCCCUCCCAUUGCGCCCCCCCCGGCGGCGCCGUCCCAUUGCGCCCCCUCCCGGCGGCGCCGUCCCAUUGCGCCCCCUCCCGGCGGCGCCCUCCCAUUGCGCCCCCUCCCAGCGGCGCUCACCCAUUGCGCCCCCUGCCGGCGGCGCCCUCCCAUUGCGCCCCCUCCCGGCGGCGCCCUCUCAUUGCGCCCCCUGCCGGCGGCGCCCUCCCAUUGCGCCCCCUGCCGGCGGCGCUUUUCCACUGCGCCCCCUACCGGCGGCGCCCUCCCAUUGCGCCCCCUGCCGGCGGCGCCCUCCCAUUGCGCCCCCUGCCGGCGGCUCUCUUCCAUUUCGCCCCCUCCCGGCGGCGCCCCCUAUUGCACCCGCUGCCGGCGGCGCCCUCCCAUUGCGCCCCCUCCCGGCGGCGCCCUCCCAUUGCGCCCCCUGCCGGCGGCGCCUUCCCAUUGCAGGCCGGGCCGGGCCGGGCCCAGCCCGCCGCCCGCGGCUUCGUCGUGCCCUCAACCAAAAUGGCCGCCAAACCGCCCUCCCGCCGCUUCGUCGUGCCCUCACUAAAAAUGGCCGCCAAACCGCCCUCCCGCCGCUUCGUCCGAGAGGCGGGCGGGCGGGAGGCCGAGCGCGAGCGUGGGGUCCCCGCCCCCUCCCUCUCCGCCUCCCCCUCCCCGUCCCCGUCCGGGUCCCCCGUCCGCGGGCCGGCUUCCGGUGGCGGGCGGGCGGCCCCGGCGGCUGUACGAGGGGCGACAGGCCGCACGGGGGCUCCGGGGAACUGA